AUGCCGCACGCCAAGACGGACUCGGAGGUGACGAGCCUGGCGCCGUCGUCGCCGCCGCGGUCGCCGCCACGGACCCGCGGGGCCGUGUACUACGUGCAGAGCCCGUCCCGAGACUCGCACGACGGCGAGACGAAGACAGCGACGUCCGUGCACUCCACCCCCGCGCUGAGCCCCAUGGCGUCGCCGCGGCACUCGCACUCGUCCGUGGGCAGGGACUCCUCCUCCAGCCGCUUCUCGGGGCACCACAAGCGCAAGGCCGACAAGGGACACGGCAACAGCAACAAGGGCGCGCCGGGCGGCAAGGGGUGGCAGGAGAUCGGCGUGAUCGAGGAGGAGGGCUUCAUGGACGACGAGGAGGAGCACACCCGGAUCGUGCCCCGCAAGUGCUACUACUUCCUCGUCUUCGUGCUCAGCUUCGUGGCGCUCUUCUCCUUCUUCGCGCUCGUGCUGUGGGGCGCCAGCAGGUCGCAGAAGCCGCACAUCGUGAUGAAGAGCAUCCGCUUCGACAACUUCAUCAUCCAGGCCGGCACCGACGCGUCGCUCGUGCCCACCGACAUGGCCACCACCAACUCCACCGUCAAGUUCACCUACCGCAACAAGGGCACCUUCUUCGGGAUCCACGUCACCGCCGACCCGUUCCAGCUCUCCUACAGCCAGCUCACGCUCGCGUCCGGAGACCUGAACAAGUUCUACCAGGCUCGCAGCAGCAGCCGCACCGUGAGCGUCGCCGUGGUCGGGAACAAGGUGCCGCUGUACGGCGGUGGCCCGACGCUGACGGCGGCGCCGGGGGCGGGCGGCAAGGGGGCGCAGGCGAGCACCACGGUGGCGUCGGUGCCCAUGGCGCUGAGGACGACGCUGCACUCGCGGGCCUACGUGCUGGGCGCGCUGGUGAAGCCCAAGUUCACGCUCGCCGUCGAGUGCAGGGUGCUCAUGAACCCCAGCAAGCAGAACAAGCCAAUCUCGCUCGAGAAGGCCUGCCACUAUUCAUAA